CGCUGUUUUGUAUGUGAUGUGUUGAUGUAGCCGAAUAAGAGAGGAAUUUAUAAAUGUUGCGCGUGUUGAUGAAGCUGGAGGGAAAAGCUCCAGGUUAUUCCCAUUGUGCUACACUUGUAGUGUAUUUGACAUGUUGGUUCAGAAGCAGUAUAGUUUCACGAAAUAAGGCAUUGUUUGACAGCAAACGAUGCAGUCGCGUACUCAGGUCUGAUUAUUGGGACGUGCGAUUAGCGUAUAUGGGAUCACUGUGUCUUAUACGGUGUAUUGAAGUUGGAGCUAAAAUAAAACUACUAUGAGUGCAUACAGGUCAGAACAGACGUGAUGAACAAUUUACUGCUUUCCGGAGCUGUUUAAUUUCUUUAAUGUAGCUAGUAAUGGAGACGGAGUCUGUGAAGUCGGCUGUGAGCGAACAGAGUACCAGAUCCAGGAGAUCGCGAAGUCAUACUCACAGGAACAACCACAGACUACAUAAUAAUCAUAGCUUAAGGAGCAGCCGAAGUAACAGGAAAGCAGAGGAUUCUAUGGCACCUUUCCAGACGUCUGUCACUCUUAGAGAUGAAAAUCGGGGUGGUCAGGAGGUGAUUGAAGUCCAGAUUCUUCCGCAGGAUGACAACUGGGGCGAAAACACUACUGCCUUGACAGGCAACACUUCUGAGCAGUCAGAUGCAGAGGAAAUGGCUGUGAGCCAGUGGAAUGGAGAACCUGACACAGGCUUCAGUUUCAUGUGUCAUCGGUAUUUGGGAUCUGCCCUUACUGGAUUUGUGUGUGUAGCAGCUUUCCUCAGUCCCCCUGCAAUGGUGGUAUUACCACGACUGCCAGGGUUGUUACCGAUGCCACUUCUGCCUAGUCACCAGCAGUCAACACUGGCAUGUGGCACUGAAUGCAAGGGUUUGCUUCUAGCUCUUGCUUUCAAGUUAGUGAUACUGGCUGUCGGUGCAUGGGCACUCUUCCUCAGGCGACCACCCAGAGCUACUAUGCCUAGAAUAUUCCUGCUGCGGGCAGCAGUCAAUGGACUAGUGUUAAUUUGCACGUUUGCUUACUGGCUGUUUUAUGUUGUGCAGGUCACAGAGGGUGGACUGACAGGUGGAGAGGCAGUAGAAUACAGAGGUCUUGUAUCUUAUGCUGGAAGUUUGACGGACACACUGUUGUUCAUUCACUAUUUGGCUGUCGUAUUAGUAGAACUUCGACACUUGCAGCCUAUGUAUUACAUUAAGAUUGUACGAAGCCCUGACGGUGAGAGCCGUUCCUAUGCUAUUGGACAGCUAAGCAUUCAGCGUGCAGCUGUUUGGGUGUUAGAACAUUACUACACUGAUUUUCCUAUAUAUAAUCCAUAUCUGGAACGGUUACCAGUUUCAAAGUCGCACAAAAGUGGCUCAAGUUUUAAAUUCUAUGAUGUAGAUGGAAUCAACAACACUUCAGUGCAGAGUCAAUCUCGGGCAGUGCUGGCAGCACAUGCUAGGAGAAGAGACUCUAGCCACAAUGAACGUUUCUAUGAGGAACAUGACUAUGAGCGGAGGGUGAAAAAACGAAGAGCACGGCUGAUAACAGCAGCCGAAGAAGCAUUUACACACAUCAAGAGGCUGCACAAUGAUCAGGGAGAUGCAUUAAAUAGGCAUGUUCUGGCAAAUACAGUUCCAGCAAUUCCAAUGGAUCCUCAUGAAGCAGCCCAGGCUGUUUUUCCAUCAAUGGCACGGGCAUUACAGAAAUACUUGCGCAUCACCCGGCAACAACCACGGCAUUCGGUGGAAUCUAUUUUAGCACACUUAGCAAAGUGUUUAAGUCAUGAUUUCACACCCAGGGCAUUCCUUGAACCUUAUUUGGUGCCUUCUCCAGUUCUGCAGAAUGAAAAAGAACAAAAGUCAGUUCAGACAUGGGCUUUGAUUUGUGACGAGUUGCUGUCACGAUCCAUUACUGAUGGCACGUGCUUCCAGCUGCGUCAGAAUGAUGUUUCUCUUCUCUGUAAUGUGAAAACAUUACCACAUUUCAAUAUAACUGAAGAAGUUGUGGACCCAAAAUCGAAUAAAUUUGUGCUUCGUCUAAAUUCAGAAACAUCAGUGUAAUAUAAGGAUUGACAGUAUUACUUUUUUUACUUUUGUAUGUAUUACUUCAUAUUAAAAUAAAUGUUGCCUUUACUCUUUGCUAUUCAGACUGUUUAUAUAAAAAUUUUUUUGUAAUGUAAUAUAUAAACAUACUGUGCUUCAUAUAUAGUGCAUCGCGUAACAACAGACAGCUUAUACCACAAACCUGAAAACUUUUGGACUGCUGUUGUCAUUUUAAAGGGUUCCUUAUGACUGAAAUAAUUGACACAGUAUUUGUGGAUAAAUGACAGCAUGUAACCUAUAUGUUUAGUAAUUACGGUGUUUAUGGUUUGUACAUUUUGAGAAAGACAAGAAUGAAAGAUUCUUCUUUGUUGACAAACGUGAUUCUAAAGUAAGCUUCAUCCAAUUCAUAUAGCACAUAUUGGGUUUUGAUACUGAAAACCAUUAAGACAUUAUACUGCUCAGAAUAAGUUUUGUGAGCCUGUUCAGUCUGCAUUAUGUGAGUAAUGUAAAGCAUAUUUUAAGAAAUACUGAUUUAAAAGUUUCUUGCAUUUUAUUUUUAAAUAGCAGUGCACAUUCAUGUAGAAUGCGUAUUUGUACUGAUUAGCAUUAGUUAGCAGUUUUGAUUUAUUAAACUGAUGCUCUGUUUUGUGCAGGUGUUAUUGGAGUACUAUGCAGAACAGCGUUUUGCAGAACUAUAGGCACAAAGUUAGUUUUAGUGCAGUUCCAACAAACUUAAAGUGAAAGUGUGCAGCCUAGGGCGUUCACCUAUUUUCUGUUUUUGUUAUUACUUGAAAUAGGCGUUUAAUGUCCAAUUUCUGGCAAAUGUUGGAAAUGCAAAAUAAUAAAAGCACAAAACAAAAUUAACAAAUAAUAUUUGUUUACAUGCUUCAUAUAUGAACUGUACACUCUUGUCGCCUCACUUCAGAAUGCUGUAACUAGUACUCAGUUUUGAAUAUUGAAUUAAUUCAGGUAUGCAGCACUCAAAGACUGCAGCAAACUGAACAGCUUUAACAAAAUUUAAAUAUUUUUUUGUAAUUAUAUGUUGUGGAAAUAUAUAUAAUGUAUAAAGUUUAGUUAAUGAUAACAUUGUUCUUGGAGUGAUGUGCUUGUGAGUGUGACUUUUGUAGAACAUUUGAGAAGUGUAGUGAUUUUGGAGAAUUGAGUGAUAGAUAUAAAAAUUUCAUUUAUUUUAAGUGUAGUGAACAGUCGAUUGAUACAGAAACAUCAAUUUUUGUGAUACAUUUCAUUCCUCAAAAUAUUUAUGACAAAGUUUUGUAUUAUAAAAGGAUACACUGGAGUGCCUCUGAUUCCUCAGGAGUUUUAGCAACAUUGAAUCACUCAUAUGGAAGAAAAGUAUUAAAAUAUAUUCAUUAAAGCACCACUAUGCAGAGUGAGAAAAUUGUAAUUUGUGAGAAUUAUUGUCUGAAGAAGACCUGAUUUGCAGCUUUAAUAUUUGACUUCUUCUCAUCAAAUGAAGAAUAAUGUACAGUUUUUUUAAUAAAGAAUUUUAUAUUGUGAUUUUGUUUUUCGAGUUCAUAGAAACUUUAACACUGUAAAUAUGAGGUGUGCCUAAAAUGUAAUGGGACUGAUUUCCUAGAAAUACCUUUUAACACUUAAGCUACAAAUUAACAUUUUUGUGUAGAAAUGUUUGCCUCUAUAUAAUGACAUUGUUGUUAGCAGACCACCAAAUACUAGCAAAAACAGUUGCAUUGAAUCUCAGUGUACUUCACUCUCAGUGCUUCAGCUUCCUGUAAGAAUGUUGGAAAUAGGCUUCUCAAGUUAUUUACUUUUCAGCCUUUCAAAUGUCCUUAGUUGCAAGGCAUUUGCUUACUGGGUUGUUUUUAGUCUAGUUAGGGGCACGAAGCUAUUGUUUUGGCUCAUAGGUGGGAAUCGGCUAUCAUGCAGAAUUGAAACUGUAACCUUCCCGGCAAAAUUUAUCAUUAUAUGAGCUGCCUUUGCUUUAAAUAUGAUGCUAGCUCAUAUUGAAGUGCAAACUAUUGCUUGAAACACUUUUUUUAUAUAUAUACUUUCUAGUGUAUCAACUGAAGUAAUGAGUUUGUUAGUUAGUUUAUCCUUUCCUGUUCUACACUCAUACCUUUAAUCUAUAAAUAUUUAUUUGACAUCAACUGUAUGUUUGCACCUCAUUUAGAUAGUGUUUGUGGAUAGUUUACUCUAGUGGCUCCAUACCCACAGUUCUUCAGAUUUAUCUAUUACUGAACAUACCCAGUUUUUUAUUAUUUUUACUUUUCCUCUUUAUCUGAUUUAUACUUUCUGAAUCCUCUUGUUCUCCUCUCUUCAGCAUCCAGGCCAUUGUAUCAUACUAUUUAAAGUUUAAAUGUAAAUUUUACAGUAUCUUUGGUUUGGUUCAAGAAGUUCUACUGGGGGCAUUAAAUAGAAGACCUGUUGUUCUUAUUAUUUCCACGAUCUUAUCAUCCUCCUUAACAUGAAUAACCCAACAUAACUUGAAUUUUGUGAUUUCUUCUAGUGGAUAACUAUUCACUGGAAUAUUGUUCCAUUCCGCGCUCCUGCUAAUUAUCAUGGUCUUUGUUUUUGCAGUUUCAUCCCAAUUUCUUUCAUGAGUAACUCCUCUAAUUACUGUGAUUUUUUGUUUUUGUUACAGUCGCAUUCAUUCUUUUAUUUGUCAGCUUUUCUAAAUAUUAUGGUUUUGCUUUUUCCAUGCUUUUCCCCAUUUCUUUCUUCACAAACCCCUCUAAUUAUAUGGCCUUUGUUGACAUCUCUGUUACUUUCUGUGUCAAUCUUCUACACACAUAUUGAUAUAAAUUCGUUGAUUCUAUUCAUUGAGAGCUUUUAUCAUAUGACCAGCCACAAAUAUGAGGCUGUCCAGCCACAUAGAUAGCUGGAGUAAUUUGUUUCUUUACUCUACCAUGACAUUGCUUUAUAAAUUCUCCAGUGAGUGAGUGAGUGAGUGAGUGAGUGAGUGAGAGAGAGAGAGAGAGAGAGAGAGAGAGAGAGAGAGAGAGAGAGACCAGUAGAUUGUAAUUAGUCAUGACUGACUCCUUGCUUUGUAAUACGCUCAGCUUGCUAGUAGUAUCCUGUUCCCACAUAAUUCCUGUGUUUCCUUUAUAGACUGCUAAUGGAAAGAGACAAAGCUUGACUGAAAUCAUAUCCCGUUGAUAUAAGUGUGGUAAUGGAAAAUCCUUGGUGGUAUACAAGUGAUGGAAGGAGUAAAGGUAACAACACACCUGAAAACACAAACAUUGCAUUGUUAGCAGGAACAUAAACAAGACUGAAAAGUUGUGAAGCUUUUGGGCUAGUUGCCACUAGUACAGAAAACACACUUGCUCACUCACUGUGUGUGUGUAGGAAUGUUGUGCACUGGUUAGCUCUAAAGGGGGACAUGGUCCAAAAGCUCAUAACAUUUUCAAUCUUGUGUAUGUGCCUAUUGGCUACUCAGUGCCUCUACUAUAGAGAGAGAGAGUUAUUACCUUUACUCCUUCCAUUAAUUAUAUUCACACUGAAAUGCCUAGAAUUUUGAUCCAGGAACCCUAUCAAAACCUUGUAUGAGAUUUGAAAAAUGCAAUUUUCCAUCAAUAUUUUUGCUAGUCAUUGUAGCUUCAUAAAUAAAAUCAUGGGUGCUUCUUCCAAGAUCCUUGCAAAGAAUUUUACACUAAUAGCAGUGAAAUGCAUUGAUGGUUCUUACUUUCUUAGUGGUUCCCUGACUCAAAGAUGGAGCUAACAGCAAUUUCCCAAUCACUGAAGUUAUUUUUGUGUUACAAGCAUGUGCCAAACCUUGAGUAGUCAAGUGUCUUGCUUUCUGUCAUAUGCUUUUAACCAUGUCCAGGUAGAGCUCAAGAGUCAUAAUCCCACUACACUCUAUUGGAUAUUGUCACAGUAUGGUUCAGAGUUCCAUUUCAUAAUGCUGUGAAGUGUUUCAUCAUAAUUACAUGAAAUACACUUACCUGUAAUUGCGUACUGGAUAAGCUGCUGGUGCUGCCAAAGGGGCAAUUCAACAGUAUUUAGAGUCUUGUAAAUUAAAAGUUCAGUCUCAUUCACUUAAACACACCUUAUAUACAACUUAGAAAUUUUGUUGAUGUUAGAACAUGUAUUCAUAAUGUUUUACAUGAAUGACGUUUUUGCUCAGAAUCUCAACAGUAUGAUUUAUUAGAAGAUAUUUAUCUCAAAAGUAUUUCAUGGCAUAAAUAUUGGUUAUCUGCAAUAAAAUUGUGUCAUCAGCAA